AUGGCAAGCUCCGAGGUGACAGAGAAUGCGGAAGCAAGCAGCGCACAAGACGAAGGCAGUGUGAGCCCGAAGAGUGAAACAACCGUCCGCGAGUCGAGGGAGUCGGGAGCGGAAGGCCAUGCAGAUGGCUGUGCCCGUGUUGCUGGCGAUGCUGGUGCUUCAGAAGCGGAGAACGACGACGAUGACGCGAAUCUCUUUGGCGAGGAGGACAAAUCCGAUGAUGCGAAAAGCGUAACGGGCUCCGUCGAGGCCGGGCAAGAAUCUGAAGAUAGAGAUGGGCAGGAAGCCGCUGAUGAAGCCGAAGAUGUGGAGAUGGCAGGUGGGCCCGUGGAGGCCAAGGAGCGGGUGGAACAGCCGCCUUUGCAGCCUGCCGAGAAUACCACAGGUGGCGAUGGCCCUGCACAGGAACGAAUAGACGAUGACAUCCAGAUGGUGGACGUAGCGCCGCGGGAAAGUGCGGAUUUGAUCGAUAGUGGCGCGAAGGUAUCUGAGAAUACACCAAGUAACCCUGAGGGACUGUAUGUGGAGGAGAAUGGCGUGCCGCAGACUCUAGGAGACGUCGGACUAGAGCCAACAUCUGAAGUCGAGGCGGAGCCAGUAGUGAAUGCAGUAGAGCCGAAAUUGUUAUCCGAGGCGAUGUUACAGGAGAAAUCUGAGACAGAGACGCAAACAGAGACGCAAACAGAGACGCAGACAGAGACACAGUCAGAUGAGAAGUCGGCAGUGGCAUUAGCAGAAAAUCCAGCGGUGGAACCAGCUGGAAAAUUGGAAGUGGAGUCAGCGGCAAAGUCGGAAUUUACAUCAGAGGCAGAGUUAGUGGACGAAGCGGAACCAAAAGCAGAAGAAGUAGAGCUAGAAUUAAAAUCAGAGGAGUUAGAACAAAACAAAGAUGAUGCAGAGGAGAAUGAGGAAAGUGAACAAACUGUAUCAAAGGAUAUGUUAAUAGACAAUGGCUCUCCGGAGACGGAGACAAAAAAUGACGUCAAACAACUAGAUCCAGACUCUCAGAAGUUAGCAAUUCCGCAAUCACAUGAGAUUGUUAUUCCAAGCUAUUCGAAAUGGUUUAAUUUGACCAAGAUACAUUCAAUUGAGAGACAGUCUCUACCCGAAUUCUUCACUAAUAGGAUACCUUCAAAAACGCCACAAGUCUAUGUCAAAUGUCGUAAUUAUAUGGUAAACUCAUAUCGAUUGAAUCCAAAUGAGUAUUUCAGCGUCACCACUGCAAGAAGAAAUAUAUGCGGAGAUUCAGCUGCCAUUUUUAGGGUCCACAAAUUUUUAAUGAAAUGGGGAUUAAUAAACUAUCAAAUCAAUGCCAGCGUAUUACCAAAAAACGUAGAACCGCCAUUCACAGGGGAAUAUUCUACUAAACAUGAUGCGCCAAGGGGAUUAUUCCCAUUCGAAAGUUAUAAACCAUCCGUUCAGCUGCCCGAUAUGGCGAAAUUAAAAAACAUGAUGGAUACCAAUGACACAAAUAGUGCCCUGCAUAAAUAUAUGACAGAAAGGAAACGCAAGAGAGAUAAAGAAAGCGAUUUAACUCACAAAAUGACUGAUGAGAACACUGUUAAGGAUGAAGAUGAAAAAAAUAACAGCGAAAUUGAUAAACAAGAGAACGGUGACAAUUCAUCAGGAGAAUCAUCGAAAGGGGUUAAAAGACCAAAAGUUUUGGAAGAAUCAGCUUCCAAUGAUGGUUGGGAGAUUAGUGAAACGCAAAAAUUGUUAAAGGGAAUUCAAGAGCAUGGUGCAGAAUGGUACAAAGUAGCAAAAGGAGUUGGUACGAAAUCGCCAGAACAAUGUAUAUUAAAGUUUUUACAGUUACCAAUUGAGGAUAGAUUUUUGCAUCAAAAUACUAAUAGUUCUGAUCUUGGCCCUUUAAAAUAUGCCCCCCAUCUGCCGUUUUCCAAAAGUGAAAAUCCUGUUAUGUCCACAAUUGCAUUCUUGGUAGGAUUAGUGGAUCCAAAAUCAGUCCAGGCGAUGACAAACCGAGCAAUUAAGAGCACUGAGGAUAUAAAUAAUGAAAAUUUAGCUCAAGAUACCGCAAAAGAUGGAUCUGAGAUUGCGGUAGCAUCUCUAGGGGCAAGGUCUCACAUUUUUGCCACGAGCGAAGAAAGACAAAUGAAUAUAAUAUCGAAUGAACUGGUGAACGUUCAAUUGCAAAAAAUUGAGGCGAAAUUAAAGCUAUUAGGUAAGAUUGAGGCUUCAUUGGGACUUGAAAAAAGAGCACUGCAAAGUGAACAAGAAGAAGUUUUAGUGCAGAGAUUGGCAUUUACUAAAUAUUCUGGUCAGGUCUACGAAAAACUAGAGAAAUCUAUACACAUUCUUGAAGAUUCAGAAGGCGGGAACGAUAAGCUAUCAACUCAGCUAGCAGAUUUAAAAAACAUGUUAUCUAAUCCACCAAUUUUGAGCAUAGGUACGGCAUUUGGGACAUCGAAUUCAGAUGACUCUACCUCUUUAUCAGCGGCAGCAGACAAGGUGAAAUCUGAAGAUUAUGUCAAGCCAGUCUCGCUAGAUGCUCCUCAAUUUUAUCGAUAUUGGUCCGCAUAA